CGAAAUGACAGACACUUCGAGUGAGCCGAAAAUGGUUCCAUCGUCAUCUCAGCCAACUAAGGAACAAUAUGCUAGGCGUCCCUCAGGACCCAAUGACAUAAAGCGGUUCAGAGUGAAUCGUAAAGAGGACAUGGAUCUAGCCUUCGAAGAGUCCAGACAAGAGGUCAUAACGGAAGAAGGCGAUGACGAGGAAGAGUACAAAUGUAAAAAUAGCGACGAACACGAGGUGCAUAACUCAAGCCACCCGAAAAGUGACGUCUUCAUCGUAAUUGAUCGCCCAGAAACCACGACGGUGUCGAGUGGGAAUUGAUGGUUUUGACCCAUUUCUUUCGCUGAAUUCUUUUCACAUUUUUGAAAUAUGCAUAACGUUAUGUGUCACUUUCUGUCGAUGCUUUAAAUAUUGAUGGAAGUUCGCCGCACUAAACACAAAAAUAACAAAUUG